CUUCAAUGAAACACAAUCCCGCUGGGGAGGAAGAAACUCUGCGCAUCGAGCAAAGCAAAGCAAAGCAAAGCAAAAAGGGGGGCAAACGCAAACAUUAACUUAAAAAUCCACCAGGAAGAAGCCUCUCUGAAGUCGGAUUUAACAUGCGGCGUGUCUGAAGAGGGAAAAACAAACAAAAACUUCCUGAAAUGACCGAGGGUUUUUUCUGUGAGACUGCGCUUGACAACCCGGUGAAGCGAGUUUACUAAGAAGUGCUCUCACAUUUCAAUUUGUCUCUCAGCAGCGAGAGGACUUGUUCGAGGCUGGCGCACGGGAAAUUAACUCUUUGGACCGCUAAUCAUCCCUGGACUUUGACCACGCUUUAAAACAUAAUUUUUCCUCUAAACCCACAACCAAUAGAGCUUUAAUAUAUAUAUAUAUAUAUUAAAGGAGUUGUUCCUCAAGUCCGCUGCAAUGGGGGAGCAGCCGAUCUACACCACCAGGGCCCAUGUCUUCCAAAUCGACCCAACCACCAAGAAGAACUGGGUUCCUGCCAGCAAGCAGGCUGUCACCGUCUCCUAUUUUUACGACAGCACACGCAACAGCUACCGCAUCAUCAGCGUGGAUGGAUCCAAGGUGAUCAUCAACAGCACCAUCACACCCAACAUGACGUUCACCAAGACAUCGCAGAAGUUUGGCCAGUGGGCGGACAGCAGGGCCAACACGGUGUUUGGACUGGGCUUCUCUUCGGAGCAGCAGCUGGCUAAGUUUGCUGAGAAGUUCCAGGAGGUAAAAGAAGCAGCCAAGCUAGCAAGGGACAAAUCUCAAGAGAAGGUGGAGACGUUGAGUAAUCACUCCCAGGAGUCUGGACGUGAGACGCCCUCAACCAACCAGGCGUCCAGCAUUAAUGGGACAGAUGAUGAGAAAAUCUCUCAUGUCGGUCCAGAGGCUGCUGUGUUGAAGAGCGAGAACGAACGUCUCAAGAGUGCAGUGGAGCAGAGCAACACCAACGCCAAGAAGUGGGAAACAGAGCUGCAGACUUUAAGAGAAAAUAAUGCCAGGCUGGUGGACGCACUGCAGGAGUCCUCAGCUAAUGUAGAGAGCUGGAAGAAACAACUUAGUGCCUGCAAGGAAGAGAGUGACACGCUCAGGGAAAAGAUUGCAGAAUUAGAAGCUCAGUGUAAAGAAGCAGAUCAGGAGAAGCAGCAAAACGCCCAACUGAGUGCGCGAGUGCAGGAGCUGGAGACUGAGCUUCAGGAGAAGGAGCAGGAGCUGGAGAACCUGAGGAAGCAGGCAGAGAUAAUCCCUCAGCUCAUGGCAGAGUGCGAGAGCAUCACCACAAAACUGCAGGCUGCAGAGACGAAGAACGUCGACCUGGAGGGGAGGAUAGGGGGUCUUCAGGUGGACAUAGACGACAGUCGACAAAAGCAGAGCAACAUGCAGGGCGAGCUGAAGAAGUUCAUGGAUAUUCUGGAUGGAAAAAUAGACGAGCUGCAUGAGUUCAGGCAGGGACUCUCCAAGCUAGGUGUUGAUAAUUGAAAAAAGUGGCACUGAGUUGAAAGGGUCAGAGGUCAGGUACAAAGGAUUCACUACAGUAUGUCUUCAGGGCAGAAACUAUGUGGCACCUACUCCCCCAAGGUGAUGUCCACUCAAUCAGCUUUGGCUUCUAAUAAACACUACCAUGUGAGAGAGAUUUUUUGGAGAGGGAGAGAGAGACUGGCAGGAGGAAGGCCAGCAUGCUCCACCAAAUGGCUCCAUUUUGUAUGCUGGCAUUCUGAAACUAAAUCAAGAGUCACACUUUGAGCUUACUUACCCGUUUCUGUGGGGGGGGAAACGGGUUUAAAAGCUGGUGGUGGGUUCUUAGAUUCUGUCCAUCUGUCUUUUUUUUCUGAAGGCUGCUGCACUUCUUCACAGACAGUCUGAGUUUAGAGUAGAAGAGGGGACUUAAAAGGGCUAAAAUGAAUAACACACAAAGACAGUGCUGUUCAGCAUCACUCAAGUAAUAAUUGGUGUUAAUCCUUGUGGCCCCCUCAGAGAAUUAGAUAUGAAAUCUUUCUACUGACUGUCCUUGCUGUUGCCUCUCGUCUAUCUCAGGUGUGUUAGAAGACAGUUUGUACUCAUUAGAUUAUAUGCACAUAUGACAAAUGGCCGUGACACAAAGUGCCUCCAGGUGAGUCUAAAUCUACCUGGCAAGGAGAACUGGCCAAGUGAUGACCAUCACCAUAAUAAUAACUUUGAUGAUUUAUUUUUUUUUGUGAGAAACCCCAAUGAAAAAACAAACAUCCUACUACAAAUAAAAUGAGACGAAAAGAGAAACGCAGGCAGUCGAGCCCAUCCCGAGGACGUUAAUGUGGCUAAUGGAUGCCAAUGCGGUGACAAACCACAGGUGUUUGCACACAAAAAACGACUGAGAAGGGACUGCAGCAGGAAUUCAUCAACUCUUGUGGGUGUUUUCAGUAAACACAGUUUAAUUAUAUUUGCAUAAAGACGGAAAACUUUGUUGUCUCAGGAGCUUUCCUUCAGAAACAUCCAAAAAUAAUAUUAGGAACCCCGUUUUGCCAUGAGUGUAGUGUAGUGUUCAAAGGACUUUGUGUGUGCAAUAGUAUUGUUGUCCAUUUGUAGAACAAAGACUGUUGAUGUGCUUCCUACACACUAGUUUUUGUUAUGGUGGUGGUUAUUUUUGGGUGAGGGGACUUGGUGCUGCUCGAUGGGUGAAUAAUGUGAAAGUGUACUUCACUGAAAAUAUUUAGAUGGCAUGGGCCUUUUCACUACAACCCUGUCAUUCUUGGUUUUUGUUUUACCUAUUUAUUUAUUUUGGUGCCUCUCUGCAACUCGUGUUUCUAGAACAUACCAAGUAAAUCAAUCUUAACCUAAUGUUUCUAUAGAUGUACAAUAAUAUAUAAAAUAUACCAAAUUGUCAGGAUUCAGAGGUUUUGUUUGCAGGAUGGUGUCACAGCUGCUUUUGGGAUGCUUGAAAUGUAGUACAUUUGAAAUCGAAGGUACAUGUUGGAAUAUUUACUGGGUAACAUCAUGAUGUUAUAAGUAUAUUUUUUCAUCACUGUUUUGAUCUUGUCAUGAGAUUGAAAUAUAUCAAUGAAGGGACUUUUUGCUUCUUUCUGUUUAAACCCUACUGUUCAUAAGUCUCCUGAACCUGGAUAACACAACGUAUGAUCCUUCCUUUUGAACCAAUGCCUCUUGUGCACUUUUGUGACUCCUGUUCAAUAUUGUACAAUAGAACUGACAAUUGUUAAAAUUUAGUUUAAUUACAA